UAUUUUGAAAACCGCGCACCGGAAUAGUGGGUCUCGUUCUGGUUCUGGCUAGCGGAACACGGAUCUGUGCUGAUGACAGGCGGCUACCUGUCAACAACACAGGCACUGCCCAAACUCGAGUGUGUGUGGCUCCUGAUCGUCUGCUGAUUAUCAGUUGUUGCAGGUCCCUCUGGUGCAGCUGAACAGGGCUGCAGUGGUAUGGAUGAGCCAUGAAGGCCCAACUGCAAGUCACAGUGCUCUCAGCCAGGCUGAAGGAAAACAAAAAGAACUGGUUUGGUCCCAGUCCGUACGUUGAGGUAGUUGUGGAUGGUCAGUCAAAGAGGACUGAGAAGUGCAACAACACACACAGUCCAAAAUGGAAGCAGGCUCUCACUGUAAUUGUGACUCCAGUCAGCAAACUGAUCUUUCGUGUUUGGAGCCACCAGACACUGAAGGCAGACAUCCUGUUGGGACUGGCCACACUGGAGAUCUUUGAAACCCUCAAGAGUAAUGACUUGAAAUUGUGUGAGGUUGUGCAGACUUUGCAGCUGUGCUCUGACAGAGACCCUCAGGAUGUUGUAGGUGACCUGUCAGUCUGUCUGGAUGGCAUGCAGGUGGAUCCUGAAACCUUCGCCCCGGCAGAGAGAGAAUAUGCUGCUCUUCCAAAUGGAAAUGCCAAACAAAAUGGAGACACUGGCAACAGGUCAAGCAGAGACACAUCUCCUUCCAGUGACUCAGAGGAGUGGGUCAUUGUACCUAAUGGACAUGCUGUCAACGGUACAGCUUCUCCUUCUCGGUCACCAGGGGGCUCCACUGCUUCACGUCCUCCCAGACCGACCAGACCUCCUCCUCCGACGCCUCGCAGACCUGCAGCCUCACCAACCUCUUCCAGCAGUUCAUCCCCCAGUGAGUUGAGUGAAGGUCCAGCUUCUGAUGGCUCCUCUCAGGUGUCUGCCAGUGGCUGUUCAGAUCAGCAGGAAGAAUCAGGUGCAGCGACAGCAGCUUCCACACAGACGGCGUCCGGCCCCAAACCAGGAGCCUCUGCCUCAGCAGCUGUGGCUGCAGCAGCUCCUAGAAUGACACCCAUCAACAACGGUCCCCUGCCACCAGGGUGGGAGCAGAGGGUGGACCAGAAUGGACGAGUGUACUACGUGGAUCACAUUGAGAAAAGGACAACCUGGGAGAGGCCUGAGCCUCUGCCCACAGGGUGGGAGCGCAGGGUGGACCCGAUGGGCAGGGUGUACUAUGUCGACCACAUAACCCGAACUACUACGUGGCAGCGUCCCACACAGGAGUCAGUGCGUAACUAUGAGGAGUGGCAGCACCAGCGCAGCCAGCUGCAGGGAGCUAUGCAGCAGUUUAACCAGAGAUUCAUUUAUGGGCUCCAAGACCAGUUAGCUGCUACAGCCAACAAAGAGUUUGACCCUCUGGGACCUCUGCCACAUGGAUGGGAGAAGAGAACAGACACCAACGGCAGAGUGUAUUUUGUUCAUCAUCCAACUCGAACAACACAGUGGGAGGACCCCAGGACACAGGGGCUGCUGAAUGAUAAGCCCCUGCCAGAGGGUUGGGAGAUGAGGUUCACUGUGGAUGGUAUUCCCUACUUUGUAGACCACAACAGGCGAACCACAACCUACAUUGACCCUCGCACAGGGAAGUCUUCACUUGAGAAUGGACCACAGAUUACCUACGUCAGGGACUUCAAAGCCAAAGUGCAAUACUUCAGGUUCUGGUGUCAGCAAAUGUCGAUGGCUCAGCACAUUAAGAUCACCGUCUCCAGGAAAACCUUGUUUGAGGAUUCAUUCCAGCAGAUCAUGAGCUUCCACCCUCAAGAUCUGAGGAGGAGACUUUGGAUUAUUUUUCCUGGAGAGGAGGGUUUAGACUAUGGAGGUGUGGCCAGGGAAUGGUUUUUCUUGCUGUCUCAUGAAGUCCUGAACCCCAUGUACUGUUUGUUUGAGUAUGCUGGGAAAGAUAACUACUGUCUGCAGAUCAACCCUGCCUCUUACAUCAACCCUGAUCACCUCAAGUACUUCAAGUUUAUCGGACGCUUCAUUGCCAUGGCCUUGUUCCAUGGCAAGUUCAUCGACACAGGCUUCUCCCUGCCUUUCUACAAGCGUAUCCUGAACAAACCUCUGGCUCUCAAAGACCUGGAGUCCAUAGACCCAGAGUUUUACAACUCACUCAUAUGGAUCAAGGAUAAUAACAUAGAGGAGUGUGGACUGGAGAUGUUCUUCUCAGUCGACAAGGAGAUCCUGGGGGAGGUCACCACCCACGAGCUGAAACCAGAUGGAGGGAACAUCCAAGUAACUGAGGAAAACAAGGAGGAAUACAUCAGGUUGGUGGCAGAGUGGAGGCUGUCCAGAGGGGUGGAGGAGCAGACUCAGGCGUUCUUUGAGGGCUUCAACGAAGUGCUGCCUCAGCAAUACCUUCACUACUUUGAUGCUAAAGAAUUAGAGGUGAUGCUGUGUGGUAUGCAGGAGAUAGACCUGGUGGACUGGCAAAGAAACACAAUCUACAGGCAUUAUGCUCGAAGCAGCAAGCAGAUUCUCUGGUUCUGGCAGUUUGUGAAGGAGAUGGACAAUGAGAAGAGGAUGAGGCUGCUGCAGUUUGUCACAGGAACCUGUCGUCUUCCUGUUGGAGGCUUCGCCGACCUGAUGGGAAGCAACGGUCCUCAGAAGUUCUGCAUUGAGAAAGUGGGCAAAGACAACUGGCUUCCACGAAGCCACACAUGCUUUAAUCGUCUGGACCUCCCUCCUUACAAGAGCUACGAGCAGCUGAAGGAGAAGCUCAUGUUUGCCAUAGAGGAGACAGAAGGCUUUGGGCAGGAGUGAUGCAGGAUGGGCCUGAGGAGCCAUAUCCAUUUCAGACAAGAGCACUUUGGAACAGAUCCUCCUCGCAGCCAGGAGCUGCACAUGAACUGGUAGAUGGACAUACACGUUUUUAUUUUCUGUCUCUGCAGCAGCAACUGUCUCUAAGCUGUUUAGUUUAUAGAUUCUCUGAAUUAAUGAAUUUGCUCCACCUGUGGAUCUUCCUCACCCUGUUUCACUGCUCACUCAUACAACCAGUUCCUCCCUAAUUCAUCUGAAGUGUCUCAGCCCUGCUCAGCCCACUGUCAGGUGAUGGAGUCAUGUCUGCACUCGCUGCACGUUGCACAAGUGCAGUUUCUACACGUACACCUGAGUCUUUUCAGUAGAGAUGUCGGGGAAGCCGCCUUUCAGGUUUAUGCAGAAUGAAUAAUUUCAGGAGGAGAGAACCAUAUUCAUGCAUUUUGACUUCAAACAAAAAGGUUCAUAUCUAAAAGCAACAUAAAGACACACAUAUGAUUUAGUCUCUUUCAGAUUCCACCUUUAUUUUUCUGUUGUUGAAAGGAUGGCAUAAUUUUUUUCAAACGACUGGACAUGAUAUCUUUGAUAAAUAUGAUCAUGUUAAUUGUACUUGUUUUCUUUAUGAUGAGUUGAGACUUUGAACAUAGUUGUGUGAGCAGUAAGACAGUUGUGAUUGUUCUGAAGAGAGGUAUUUUUAUGUGCAGUAGUUUUGUAGAAAACAUUUUUGCCAGUAAUGGAGCCAAACAGUGAUUUGUUUGAUCAUUUUUAUAGCACUUUGAUAAGUUUCAGCAUUUAUUAUUAAUUUGUCUUCCCAGUAUGAAAUGGAGAACACUGUAUACUUGCAGGUGGAGUGUAUCUGGUGAAACUGUUUGGCUUGUGAUUUGAGGUGACUGGUCUACUCUGUGCUGUAUAUAAUAUCAGCCCAUCUGACCAUUCUUUCAAAGUGUGAUGAGUUUCUGAAGUCUCCUGAUAACUACGAGCUGUUACUGAUGACGUGGGAGCAUCAGGAUGUUCUGUGUGGUGGAAGACAGUGAUUUGUUGAAUAAUGACCUGAAUGGCUUCCCACUGAAUGGUAGCCAGUUGUCUGGGAGAUAUCCAGAGUUAAGUAUUAUCCUGAUGAAGAUCCUGAAUCCUAGCUGUUGAACCUGUGAAGCGACUGAUGCAGUUUAUGUAAAUAGAAUUACAAAGUAGAAAAUGUGUUGACAUAUAAUUUGCCCAGACGAUGGAUCCCUCUGAGCUUCAGGCGCAAACUGAUAAUUCAUUUUAAAAUUUGAGUUAAUGUGAUAGUAACUGGCCCUAGUUUUAUAGGGUGGUAGGUGUUCACAUCUGUACAGUAAUUCCAGCUCAGCUAAUGUCAAACUUUAAGUUUCUCUCUAAUAUCAGAAAAUGACAGUGGAACCAGUCUGCCAAAGGAUGUUAUUUGAUUAUUUUUUAGUAAACCAUCUGUCACCAAUAAAUUCACUUCUUAGCUUCCCCCACAUUUUUCGACAUUUCAGUUGUCGCUGAUGAGUUGUCAGUACUCCUUUAUUUCACCCACUGUAAAGGUACAAAAAAGUAAAUGAAGCUGUAGCUCUGCCAUCUCACUUUUAAAAACAGAUUUCAGUAAUAUUUUAUCAUUAAAAACUAAAAUACUGAUUUGUCCUUUUGAUGCAGUUUUAAUUGAACCAAGUCUUAGUCUUUUUUUAAUGUUUCACCUUCAUCACUGUGGGUUUUAAAUGUGUCCUUUAAAGGUUUUUCCCAGAAAUGGAUUUGUAUUUAUACACAGUAUUAACUUGUGUUCUUACUGUGUAUUUAUACAAGUUCUUGUUUAAUAUGAGCAGAGCCAACUUAAUAAAUUGUGAUUUUUUUGAACGACUACUUUUCCUCAAGCUCUGCGGUGUGUGCAUCAUUACAGUUUAUCAUUUACACAUUUUCAUGUUUCUUGGAUCACUAAAAACAAAACAGAAUUACAAUUUAAGUUUCAGUGAGUUCCCUAAAGAUCCCAGUAGAAUAUAAAAGGAAGACUUUGUCUAUGUAUGAACCUGUAUGUGGCUGUACACUGUUUGAUGAUGCUGGUACUUUACAGGAAUAAAAACUCUGUUGUCACUGACUUCAGCUCUCACUGACCCUCACCCAACACCUGCUGCUGCUUUAGACUGAGUCAGAGGUUUCACUUGUAUUCAUUCACUGGCAGUGAUGUGACACACACACCUACAGACUUCUGGUGUGCACAUGUGAAGAGAUUAUUAUUGUAAAAUAAAGAUGUUCACAGAUGAAUGAUACAGCGCCUUGACUCACUGGUUGAAUGAACCACUUCACUGUUUAAUCACUGCUGUGCUCCACAUCAUGGGUCAGUUCAAUGUAUACAAAUAUGCAACAUUUAGUUGUACUGAUUACAUUGUAAAUCAUGUUGAUAGUGUGUGGUUUUCUUUCUUUUUUUUUUUUUUUUUUGGACAAAUGGAGGUCAGUGGUUGAAUACUAUUUAUUUGGAGAAUGGGUUUCAUGUAACAAUAAACUGGACCGACAAUAAAAUGAUUUUAACACUGGG